UUGAGAAGUGGUGUUAUACGACUCAUUUAAAAAACUAAAUAUCAAAAUGAAGAGUCUAUUCUAUUUAUGUGCAUUCGCUUUGAUCGGGUUAGCAGUGGGAGAAACUAAUCUUUAUCCCCGAGGCUGCAUCUAUAUAGUAGGACGAUGUGCACGGGAAUGCGAGGAAGGUACCUAUGGAUAUUCGCUUGGCUGUGGCUUCAAAACUCCAGAAGCCACCUGCGAGAACCCCACGCCAGUUCAGGAUCGUUCUAGAAGGAUCUGUGACUACUCGGCUUGUUACUGUGCACCUCCCACUGUACGGAACACGAAGACGAAAAAAUGCGUUCAACUUGACGAAUGCCCGGCCGACGAUUAAACUGUCAUGAUGGAAUAUCAUACAUGUAAAUAAACUAAAAUUUACAAAAAAAAAAAUAUUUUACACUGGCUGUGCCGGCGACUUCGUCCACAUGGAAUUGUGACCUUGGAUAGCAUGUUUAA